AUGAGGAAAUAUAUUUGUGUUCACAUUUCUAUUAUAUUAUUAUUUGAUUGCUUUAUAUUUUAUAAAAUUAUACAUACAGCUUUAUUUUCUUAUGAUUUGCCAGUUGAUGGAAAUAUACCUACCUCUCUCAAUGUGAUAUCUAACGACAUGAAAAUUCCAGUUUCUAUUUCAAUUUUAAUUUAUUUUCCUUCAAUCAUCCUUUAUUUUGCUGUUGGUUUAAUAUUAAAAUAUAGAGAAGCUCCUUCUGAUCAAAAUAGUAUAUCAAAAGUUUACAGAUCUCUCUUUUUAAUUAUUUUUGUUAAUAUUGGUUGUUAUACUCUUGGACUUCUUAUUAAAAAUAUUAAUAGUUUAAUUUUUCCUUCUGAAAAUUUUGCUAAUUCGAAUCUUAAUGGAAUACUUACAGGGGUGUUGGUAAAUAUUGGAUGUGCUUCAAAUGCUCCAAUUCUUUACAUUAACAGUACCGAUUACAAAGAGGCAUACAAAAAAGAAGUCAAAUUAAUUAAAACGUUAAUUUUAAUUAAAUGUUUUGGAAUUCAACAAACACCAACAACCGUCCAUCCAAUUAUACAAAAUGUUCAAUCAUAA